AUGGCUCCAUCUAACGCAGCAGCAAAUAAUUACGAGCAAUACCACCAAUCAAGAAUGGAGAUGAUGUCAAAGGCAAUAAAAGCAAUAGCAUUCAAGAAGCAAGAGACAACAAAAGUAUUUCAAAAGGGUGAUGAAGUUGAAGUGGCAAGACAAGAAUAUGGCUUUAUAGGUUCUUACUACACAGCUACUAUUAUCUCUUCCGUUGGCGCUUAUCAUUAUAGAGUCAAGUACCACACACUGUCUAAUGAGGAGUAUGCCCCGCUAAAGGAUGUUGUCACUGCCACCGAGGUCCGCCCUCUGCAACCUCAUCAACAUGAAUUUAUGAGAGGAGACAACUUCUGUCUGUACGAUAUGGUUGAUGUAUUUUCCAAAGAUGGAUGGUGGUUUGGAUUUAUUAGUGGAAAAAUUGGACAAGAGUACUAUGUCUACUUCCCUACAACUGGGAAUAACAUUGCAUUUCCUCCUCGUAUGUUGAGAUUUCAUCAAGAAUGGUCUAAUGGCAAGUGGAUAUUUCCUCCGAGACAAGGACAGAUUUUUGACUUAUACUGA